CCCAACAAAACAAAUGAAAUAAAAAACAACCCAUUUCCUAUCCAUGAUCCAUGGUCCUAUAAACCAAACCAUCCUAGACUAUUAGUCCUUUCCAUCAAGAAAGAAAGAAAGAAUGAAUCAGAAAAUUCCCCAGAUCUUCAUUAAUAUAACCUUAACAACAAUAUUAUUGUUCAUCCACAAUGUAGUAGUAAAAAGCUCCCAUCUGGGCGGCCCCGACAUGAUCAACUCAACAUGUUCCCAAUGCGCCGACACCUCAGCAUCCCUAGACUACAACUUCUGCCAAACCUCACUCCAACCAAUCCCAGUCAGCCAUGUCACCAACCUCCCAGGAUUAGGUAUAGUGGCCAUGGAACUCUCAAUCAAGAACGCCACCUCCACCGUGACCGCGAUUGAGAACUUUUUAGCUGGAAAAGAGCGUUUGGAGCCGUUCGUGGUUGCAUGUCUUGAGGACUGUCUCGAACUCUACAUAGAAGGUGCUACGAUGAUGCUUGAUGCUAUUGGGGCUUUCUAUUCUGAGCGAUACCAUGUUGCGAACUUGCUUGUGAGUGCUGCAAUGGAAGGAGCUACCACUUGUGAAGAUGGGUUUGGGGAAAGAGAAGGAGUGGCGUCGCCGUUGUCGAAACAGAAUUAUGAUUUCUUUCAGCUUAGUGAUGUUGCUUUGUGCAUUAUUAAGCUUGUUACCAUGGCAUCAAGGCAUGACCAUGAUCAUUAAUUACUAGCUAACUCUCCAUAUUUUUAUUUUUUUUGUUCUCAUUGGAAGGGACGAUCUAAUUACCCCCACCCACAAUUUAAUUGACAUGAUCAAUUACCACUUUUUAUAUCAACAUUAAUUUGCCUCA